GCCAAUGGCCUGCUGCGCCGGCGCCGGGUUCUCCAGGUCCAGCCUUCCCUCCCCAACACAGGGCUGUGCGCAUGCGCCUGGAAAGGCGAGUGGGUCAGGGCCCCCUACCGAGGGGAGGGGGGAGACGGAAAUGGAGGGAAUCUGCUCGCACCAGCUGGCCCCCGGACGGGCACCGGCCCGAGGGCGCGUUGGGGGCGGAACUGGGGGCGGUGGUCGCCGGGGAAGUCGAGUCGGGGCUCCCACCCGCAGCGGGAGUAGGGUCGCGGCGGCCCUCUGACCAGCCCGUGUUUGUGUGUAUGUACCCGCGCAGGGAGACAUGGAGAACUGUUUGGCGGCCGCGGCGCUGAACGGGGUGGACCGACGUGCCCUGCAGCGCACGGCUAGGCUGGGUCAAGAAGUGCUGGAGCGGGCCAAGAGGAGGGCGGUGGACUGGCAUUCGCGGGAGCUCCCCCAAAGCAGCGUGGGGGUCACUUCCCGGGAACUGCCUGACCGAGAAAGACGGCCAGCAGCCGGCCCCCAGCGCCUUCUCCCGGGAGAGAGAGAAGAAAGACAACCAACCCUCAGUGCUUCCUUCAGAACAAUGGCAGAAUUCAUGGACUAUACUUCAAGUCAGUGUGGGAAAUAUUAUUCAUCUGUACUGGAGGAUGGAGGGGCAGCCCACGUCUCUCGUUAUCACAGAAGGAAGUCGGAACUGCAUUUGUGCUGUGACGGGAGGAAUGGUCAGAGAAAAGACACCUCUCUUGGUCUUGGAGUCAUCUCUCACGCAUCAGAGUGUGCUCUAGAGGCCUCUCAGCAGCCUGCUGAAAACAUCUCUAAGGACCUCUACAUAGAAGUAUAUCCGGGGACCUAUUCCGUCACUGUGGGUGCAAAUGAUUUAACCAAGACUCACGUGGUAGCAGUGGACUCAGGACAAAGUGUGGACUUGGUCUUCGCCGUAUGAUGUUGACCAUCACGGCCAUCGCAUCACCUUUUCUUAAGUAGCAAGAAGAAUAAAGUCACCAUAUGAUUCUCUUAAUAUUUACACAUUACUCCUGCUUUUACUGCUGACUGUAGAGGGUCAGUCUUCCUGGGAACUGGAGUUUGUCUCUUUCAGUGCCUAUUUUAACUUAAAAUUCUGGAAGUGCCCGCCCCCCCCCCCCCCCCUUGGCUGAAAAUAAUAAUGUAAUGAUGCUAUCUGAAUUGUUUUUAACUGCUUACUUUCCAGGUAAAGGCUAAUUAUAAUAAAGGGAGAUGAUUUGGAAAUGAA